AUGGACGCACUAAUCUUCGAACCCGAGUCUGAACUCUGCAAAGGCGAAAACGCCAUCAAACCUACUACCAACCGUGAUGUCUACGUCCAGCUCGGCCUAUCCCUGAUCCUUGGCAUCUCGGCCUUUGUCGCCUUCUGCAUAUUGCGUCCGCGAUGGCCGACCUUGUACGCCGCGCGCAAGCGCCGACUUGAUCCCAGUAUCGGCUUGCCCGCCCUGCCGAAUACCUUCUUCGGAUGGAUGCCUGCGCUGUAUCGCGUAACGGAGGAACAGGUUCUCGCCUCUGCUGGCCUCGACGCCUUUGUCUUCCUUUCUUUCUUCAAGAUGGCAAUCCGGACCCUCGCCAUCUUGGCUUUUUUCGCCUACGUUGUUCUGCUACCCGUCAACCUCAAGUUCCCAGUCAAGAAGCGUAAAGAUAAAUCCGACGAUGGCGACAAGAGCUUCGACAGCGAAAACGACGGUCUCUGGGCAUACCUGGUGUUUGUCUACUUCUUCACGGGCCUUGUUCUCUACAUCUUGAACAAGGCCACUUUCAGAGUGAUACAUAUCCGUCAAGAGUACCUAGGAACCCAGUCUACCAUCACGGAUCGAACAUUCCGUUUAACGGGUAUUCCGCAGAGCCUGCGCUCCGAAGACAAGCUUAAGACGCUCAUCGAAAAGCUCGAGAUUGGGCAGGUGGAAAACGUUAGUUUGUGCCGAGACUGGAGAGAACUCGAUUCCUUGGUCGAGCAACGGGCGCGGGUGCUGGCCCAGUUGGAGGAAACUUGGAGUGUCUACCUUGGAAAACAGGCUGCUCUUCCAAAGUCUGUGCAGCGCUUACGCGACCCCCAAGCUGAACCGUCCGUCCUGGAGCCUAGGGAGGAUGAAGUUGACGAGGAGGCUGGUGAGAACGGCGGCUUGCUGGGUCACAACCAUAUCAACCCUGAGUUGGUCGAGAGACCUCGUCCUAAGGUAAGGAUCUGGUAUGGCUUCCUGAAACUCCAGAACCGCAAGGUAGAUGCCAUCGACUACUACGAGGAGAAGCUACGCCGGCUCGAUGAAAAGAUUCGCGACGCCAGAAAGAAGGACUACGCAGCGACCGAUCUAGCUUUUGUCACCAUGGAUUCGAUUGCUGCAUGUCAAAUGGCGAUCCAGGCUCGCAUUGACCCACGACCGGGACAGCUCCUGACCAAGCCCGCGCCGUCGCCAUCGGAUGUCAUGUGGGCCAAUACAUACACGCCUCGCGGAGUACGGCGCCUUCGGUCUUGGACCAUCACUAUUUUCGUCGCCUUCCUCUCGGUUGUAUGGUUGGCAAUCGUUGCCUCCAUCGCCAGUCUACUGAGCAUUUGCAACUUCAGAACGUGGUUCCCGUCACUGGUUGCGUUCUUGGACGAAUGGCCGACGUUGCGUGCGUUGAUUGAGACAGGCUUGCCAACGCUCCUCGUCUCGUUGCUCAACGUCGCUGUGCCGUAUCUCUACGAGUACCUCUCGUACGAGCAAGGCAUGAUUUCCAAGGGCGAUGUGGAGCUCUCAAUCGUGUCCAAAAAUUUCUUCUUCACGUUCUUCAACAUUUUUGUCGUCUUUGCUACUUCGAAUGCGGCAUUCACCGUCAACAGUCUGUUCAAGCAGAUCAAAGACGUAUGGAGUAGCCCGGCGACGUUGACGAACACGAUUGCCGAGCAGAUCCGGGGGUUGGCCGUUUUCUACACCAACUUCAUCUUGCUCCAAGGUGUUGGUCUGUUUCCCUUCAGGCUUCUGCAGGUUGGCAGCGUCGUGCUCUAUCCGAUCUAUCGCAUGGGGGCCAAGACGCCUAGGGACUUCGCCGAGAUCAUGCGGCCGACGGUUUUCAGCUACGGCUUCUAUCUCCCCACGGCGCUGCUCGUCUUCAUGCUAUGUCUCGUGUACAGCACUCUUGAAUACGGGUAUCGGAUCCUGACGGUGGGCAUCGUGUACUUCAUCCUCGGCUACUUCACGUACAAGUACCAGCUCCUGUACGCCAUGGACCAGCCACAACACGCGACGGGUGGUGCAUGGCGGAUCAUCAGCUACCGGAUCGUACUCGGUCUUUUCAUCACGCAGGUUGUGCUGUCCAGCAUCAUGGCCUUGCAGCUGGCUUUCGUGCAAGCUGUGGCUGUCCUGCCGCUUGUUGCCUUUACAAUCUGGUAUAGCGUCUACUUCCAGCGGCGCUUCGAUCCCCUGACGCGGUACAUAUCGCUGCGGAGUAUACGAGCUGAGAUCUAUGUGGAUGACGAGGCCGUGCUGGAUGAGGAAUUCGAGGGGCCCAGGCCAACACAGGGUCUGUUGAGACGGGGCAGUACGAUCGACGAGGACAAGGAGAAGGGCAUGACGUUUGUGAAUCCCAGCCUGACUUCACGUCUCGAAGGGCCCUGGAUCUAUCAGGAUCCUCCUUCAUUCCAAGAGGACGAGGAAGAUGACGAGGAAAGUGGACCCGAUACGGAAAGGCCCCGGCGGCCUGCAAAUACGACGUCGGCAGCAUCCGACAGCUCGAUGAGCCUCGGCGAUACACAUAUCUGGCGGCAACAGGCGGAAAGCAACAACCGGUAG